UCUUCAGCAAGUCUGACCCUUUCCUGGAAAUCUACAAGGUGAACAGUAACAACACGGAGCAGCUGGUGAUGAGGACGGAGGUGAUAAAUAACAACCUCAGCCCCAGCUGGGAACCCUUCCGUGUCUCCCUCCACUCGCUCUGCAGCUGCGACCCAGACAAGACCAUACGGUGUGUCGUUUACGACUAUAACUCCAGUGGGAAACACGAUUACAUUGGUGAAUUCACGACAACCUUCCGUGAAAUGCAGGAGGUUUCCUCAGGGAAAGAGAUGGAGUUUGAGUGCAUCAACCCAAAGUACCAGGAGAAGAAGAAACACUACACCAACUCUGGCACGGUGGUUCUGACCCAGUGCAAGGUGGAGAAGGUUCACACGUUCCUGGAUUACAUCAUGGGGGGCCUGCAAAUCUACUUCACGGUGGCGAUUGACUUCACAGCUUCCAACGGCGACCCGCGCAGCGAGCACUCCCUGCAUUUCAUCAACCCCAAGGAACCCAACGAAUACCUCAAAGCGCUGUCAGCCGUGGGCGAGAUCUGCCAGGACUACGACAGCGACAAGAAGUUUCCAGCCUUUGGAUUUGGGGCACGGAUCCCCCCAAACUACGAGGUCUCCCAUGAUUUCGCCAUCAACUUCGACCCAGACAACCCGGAGUGUGAAUGGAUCUCGGGGGUGAUCGAGGCCUACAAGCGGUGCCUGCCCCAGAUCCAGCUCUAUGGCCCCACCAACCUGGCCCCCAUCAUCAACCGGGUGCUGGCCCCCGCCAGCGAGGAAGAGGGCAGCGGGCAUCCCAUGCGGUACCGGGUGCUGCUGGUGCUGACGGACGGGGUGCUGAGCGACAUGCCGGCCACGCGGGAAGCCGUCGCCCGAGCCUCGCGCCUGCCCGUCUCCAUCAUCAUUGUGGGGGUGGGGAACACCGACUUCUCCGACAUGCGGGCACUGGAUGAGGACGGGACCCAGGAGUCCGGGGGGGAGCAGGCCGCCCGCGACAUUGUCCAGUUCGUGCCCUUCCGCGAAUUCAAGAAGGCCCCGCCGGCAGCGCUGGCCAAGUGCGUGCUGGCCGAAGUCCCCAACCAGGUGGUGGAGUUUUACGGCAGCCGCGGCAUCGGCCCCGGCCCUGGCCCCCGAAACUCUCAGCCCCAGUGAGAGCCCCACGGCCCGACCCACAGCCUGACCCAGGGCCCCCCCAGGUGCCUCUGUCCUUUACCUCUGCCGACCUCCGGCCCUUUCUCCUGGACCUGCCCCCGCCAGGGGCUCUGAGGACCGACGCAGGGUGAGGGGCUCCCAGCCCCAUGGUGCCCUCCCCUGACUGAGGGCGAAGGCUGGACCUGACCCCCCACCACCACCACCGCCCCCAUGGGCCCCGUUGUUCUCAGGCCUCUGGCUUCAUACCUGGGGUGACUCCCCUCAA